AUGUCGAAAUCAAUAUCAUUUGGCUUUGGUAGGCAGAAGCCAUCAGCUCCUACAAAGGGCUCCAUUGUCCCUGCGAAACGACCGGCAGCCUUGGGUGGUCGAACGAGACAUGCACUCCACCACGACUCAGACGACGAAGAUGAAGAAGAGCCUAGGCACGAGUCAGUCACUGGCUUUUCGUCAAGUGGUGCUAUUCUAAGUCAGCCUGUACAGGAAACCAAAGAGCUAGUCAUCAAGAAUCCAGGAAAUGCAGAUUGGCGAAGGCGAGGGCAUAAAAACCUUCUUCCUGUUGAAGUCCAGGCGCAGCAAGAGAAUGGCAGCGUUGUUAUGGUCGAGAAAGAUGAGGUCAGCACCGCCAGUGGUCUUCAAUUUGUUGCGAAACAAGACGAUGCAGACAAACAGUCUAAGGAGCCUGUGCAGCCUACCACAGCCCACCCGACCGACACAAACGAAGAACCUAAACAGUUGACCGCAGAUGAAGAAGCAUUGCAGGCGCUGCUGGACGAUGGAACUGGGAAACCAAAGUCCAAUGCUGUGAUUAUACAGCAAGGCAAUAUGCAUACUUUCCGAGACGAGACACAGGACUACAGGGAAGAUGUCGCAUCACGGCCCGAUUCCAGUACCCUGGAAGAAUACGCUGCGAUGCCAGUUGAAGAGUUCGGUAUGGCGAUGCUGAGAGGUAUGGGCCAGAAGCGGCGAGCGAAUGGCGAGGUUAUCAAUCUAGACAGGAAGGACGAAAAUCAGCGAAAGCUCCGCAAGCAAGAAGGGUUUCUUGGUAUUGGCGCGAAGGCUGCUCCGGGCACAAAUGGCGUCGAAUUAGGCGCUUGGGGUAAGGCGGACAUGCGCAAGAACAACAAGGGCGAAGGCUUUUUUACGCCACUAAUGCGUGAGAACAAAACCACCGGGGAGAGAAUCUCCGAAGAUGAGCUGCAGAAGAGGCUGAAGGAGUCCAAAGGAAAUGAACGUGAAGAAGACUGGAGACAGAGGAGAGAUCGCAACUUGGAGCGAAGUGGGCGGGACAAGGAUCGAGACCGGAGGAACGGAGAUGACGACUAUCGUGCCCAGAUGAACGCAUUCUCUCGAUCUGGUUCGGCCAAGCGAGACUCAGAUGAUCACCAUGGCUCUCGCUCAAGAAGGGACAGGGACGACCGCGAUUACGAGAGCUCGAAGUCGAGGAAGGAUGACGACAGGGCUAAAGAUCGACGGCGGCGAGAUGACGAUGACCACGAUAGUCGACAUCGGGACAGGCAUCGGGACAAAGACCGCCGUCGAGAGGAGGAUCGGUAUGACUCGAGUUCCUCACACAAGAGUCACAGAGAUCGUGACAGGGACAGGAACAGAGACAGAGACAGAGACCGUGAUCGCGACCGCAAUAGAAGAUAA